AUGGCUGGGAUGGGCGGCCGGUUGAAGGUUGAUGAUGAGGCCAUCACCGCUGCCAGGGACGACUCGGUGCCCAUUCCGCUGACGGCUUCGGCCUGGCACGGCGGCGCAAAGAUGGCAUCGAUGGCAUCGACGGCGACGGAGGAACAUUUCGUGGGUGAGGGAGGUGAGGAUCUGCCGUUGCCACCAGCCAAGAAGGCCAGAACGGGCGUGGCUGAGGUUGUGGAGGUAGCCGCAGCUGCCGAGACCGAGGCUGAGACCGAGACUGAGGCCGAGGCCGAGGAUAAGAGCCGAGCGAGUGAAGAGCCGGCGCAAGUCUUUGGCCUCAUCAUCCGCAAGCCAAAGGAAGCACAAGCGGCGGCGGAGGCGGCGGCACAGAGGAAGGAGCUCCCGCUGCUGCUGCGCAAUGUGAUUCCCUCGGUGGCGGCAGCCGGGCGCGGUGGUGAGGGCGAGAAGAUCAAGGCUGACCUUGCGGUCCGCCCUGACGAGAUGAAGCCAGAGGACUACGAGGGCACUGUGCCCAUUGAGGCCUUUGGCAAGAAGCUGCUGCUGGGCAUGGGCUGGGCCGACGGCGAGCCCAUCGGCGUGACAAACAAGGGCCUCAAGGAGCCGAUCGAGUUUAUCCCGCGUUUCGGCCGCCGCGGCCUCGGAGCUGCCGCGGGCGGCAAGCCAGGCAAGCCGCAGCGCAGGUACAUCAAGCCUGGCGAGAAGCGCACAUCCUCGCGCGAUGUCGUCCUUCCGCGCGAUGAAAAUGGCCGCGUCCGGCACUACAAGGCCAUCUCGGAGACCCUGGUCUCGGUCGACGAGGUGACCAAGAUCGAGGUUGGGACCGCGGUGACGGUGGUGGCGGGCAAGCACAAAGACGUGACCGGCAUUGUAGUCGCUUUUUCUGGUGACGGCGCCACUGCACGGGUCAAGACUCAGAGCGCAGUCCUCAGCGUGCCGAUGAGCGGGCUUGUCAAUUCAGCGUCGCUCGCGCUCGCGCCGCCGGCGCAGCCGGCCACCGCCGACGUCAAGGCCGAUGUCAAGUCCAAGUCCAAGGCCAAGUUCAAGUCCAAGGCCAAGAGCGCAACGUCGCCAUCGUGGCUUGUCCCCAACAUUCGCGUCCGCAUCAUUUCCAAGCGCUCGUUUCACAACGGCAAGUACUACAACUGCAAGGCGACCAUCCUCGACGUUGUCGCCCACAAAGUUGCUUCGCUCGUGCUCGACACCGGCAAGGUGCUCGACAACGUGCGCCAGUCUGUGCUCGAGACCAUUGUGCCACGCUCUGUCGGUUCACCGUUGCGCAUUGUCCGUGGACAGCAUGCCGGCGCCAAGGCGCGGCUGCUAGAGCGGUCAUCGAGCAAAUCGCGGGUUGUCGUCCAGCUCGACGAUGACGAGACGGUGGCGCUUGAUCUCAAGUUUGACGACGUUGCCGCCAUCGCCGAGCACCGCUGA